AUGUAAUCGUUCAUAAAAAACAAUCCCAUUACAGGGAAUGCUGUUAGUAAAAUUUAAAAUAGAGGGAAAAGAACAUUCACAGCACAUGAUCAUAUUCAAAGUUCAUGUAUUGUUAAGAGUACUCCUUUGAAUAAAACUCCUAACAGACACAAAAUCCCAGAUCAUUCAAAUGAGCAUUUCUAUCCAUAAGAUAAUUCAUAUUAGAAGAGAGAUUUAAGAAAGAGUUUAAGUACAUUUUAACCUAAGGAAAAUAUAAGGGAUCCUCUUAGUAGAAAGAUAUCAGAUAUUUAUGGAUAGGAAAUAAAAAUUACUAGAUCACCUAUAAAAUAAUAAUAAUAAUCUGAGACAGUAUCUCCUUAAAAAAGAAGAAUAAUGGAUAAUAAGAGUUCACAUGUAGAUUAGAAUGAUAUUUAUGAAGUGAAUCUCAAUUAUAAUAAAGAAAAAACACUUCCAUCUGAUGUUAAUUGGUUUUAUGUUGAUACAAUUAAACAUAGACAUGAUUAUAAAAUUGAAUAACCUAAUCCUUGUCGUUCUUCAUAGAAAGAUUAGAGAAGUGUAUUAGAUUAAAAUAAUAAAAAUGUUCCAUAAAAAAAUUAUUAUUAAAAAUAGAAUGAUAAACUCUCUAAAAAGUAAGAAGUUGCUCUUUAAUAUACAUAUUUAAGAGCAGUUAAAAGAUCAGAAUUAGUGAUUAAAAAAAAAUGA